ACGUCACCGUUGCUUCUCGAGGAACCCAUCCGGCUGGCCUCGAUAUUGGAACACUCUCACUAUCACAGGUCGGUUCCAUGCCUGACCAAGAUCGUGGGGACGGUAGGCGGCAACUCGAAGACCGUGGAGCAGCUUUCGGCUUUGCUCGAAGCGGGCAUGACAGCUGCACGGUUCGACUUUUCAGUGAACGACCAGGAGAACCACCAGGAGACGUACGACAACCUGCGGGAAGCCAUGAAGAAAACGCACCGCAUGUGCGCGGUUGUGUACGACACGCACGGUCCCGAAAUCACCAUUUUCAACAGCAACAAUGCCACAGUGACCAUGACAGCGGGCAGCACGGUGGUGCUGUCGGGCGACAAGGACCAACCCGUCACUGCCAACGCGCUGCCCCUCGCCUGCCCUGAGCUCGCCAAGGCGGUGAAGCCAGGGGAUGAGGUGUUUGUGGGGCGCUACCUCUUCACAGGCAGCGAGACCACGUCUGUGUGGCUCAAGGUGGAGGAGGUGAAGGGGGACGACAUAGUGUGCACGGUGACCAACACAGCAGAGCUCCAAGGGGAAUUCUUCACCGUGCAUGCUGCUCAGGUUGACACGGACAUGCCUAUCCUCUCCAAGGUGGACGAGCGCCACCUGUCCACGUGGGGAGUGAACUGCUUGCCGCACAUCAUCUUCCUCUCCUUCACUCGCAACGCAGAGGAUGUCAGAUAUGCGCGCAAUCACCUCGCCCAACUGGGCAAGCUCUCGCAGUCCUUCAUCUUUGCUAAGAUCGAAAGCAUUCAGGGGCUGAGGAAGAUCGACGAGAUUCUGGCAGAGGCAGAUGGGCUCGUGCUGGGGCGAGGCGACCUUGGAAUCGACCUGCCUGCAGAAAAGGUGUUUCUGAUGCAGAAGGUGGCCAUCUACAAGGCCAACAUGGCGGGCAAGCCAUGUGUCAUCUCGCGAGUGGUCGACACGAUGACAGACACGCCCCGCCCCACCCGUGCCGAGGCCACCGACGUCGCCAACGCUGUGCUGGACGGAGUGGAUGCUAUUAUGCUGGGAGCUGAGACGCUGAGAGGGCUGUACCCUACUGAGACAGUGUCAACUGUGCGCCUCAUCUGUUCCGAGGCGGAGAAGGCAUACAACCAGGAGCUCUAUUUCAAGAAGGCGGUUAAGGAAGCUACUGACACCAUGAGCGAGCUCGAAGCCAUGGCCUCAUCCGCGGUGAAAACAGCAGAGAAGGUGCAUGCAGCAGCGAUUGUGGUGUUCACCUCCUCUGGAAGAAUGGCCAGGCUCGUGGCCAAGUACAAGCCAACCAUGCCUGUUCUCACGCUCGUCAUUCCACGCCUCUACGUCGAUAAGCUCAGAUGGACGGUGCAGGGCGAGGUCCCGAACGCAGGGCCACUGCUCCCCUCUCUCGUCCCCUCUCCAACCCCUCUCUUCCCCUUCCCAACCCUUCUCUUCCCCUCUCCACCCAUUCUCUUCCCCUCUCCACCCAUUCUCUUUCCCUCUCCACCCAUUCUCUUUCCCUUUCCACCCAUUUCUUUUCCACUCCACCCAUUCUCUUUCCCUCUCCACCCAUUCUCUUCCCCUUCCAAACCCACAGCAGAUGUAGUGGACAACACAGGGCCGCUGCUGGGCCGAGUGGGUCAACUCCAGCAGCAGCUGCACCACCAGCUGCUGCCCUCCUCCCAAGCCUCCACCCACCCACUGCCCUCCAACCCACACGGUCCGAACCAAGCAGCAGUACGCUCAGAACGUUCUGACCAAGUCCCCCUCUCAGAGGGCUCGAAUGAGCGGAUUGAUCCAGCAGAUUGGGAGGACCAAGCCCUAGGGCGUUUGGCGGCAGGCGGAUUGGGAGGUGGUGGUGGUGGGCGGAGGAGGGGGAGAGAAGAGGAGCGGAGUGCAGCAGGGGUGGUGGAUCAUGGGGGCAUUGUGCCGGAAGGGGUUGUGCCUGAUGCGCUGGAUAGGCGCAUUCCAAUGCUCAUCCGAAUGAGUCCUGAGCGUCUACAGCUGCCUCUGGAGGCGCUUCCACAUGCCAUCGACAGCAGCGAGCAAAAGAAUGUCAUGCUAGCAUACCGAGAACGGUUUGACAAGUUCGGCGAUCUGAUUCGCUGCCACGGUCCUCCCUGUCCCGAUUUCGCCCCCUGCGGCUCUGCCUACCCCAACGUGCACGCGUGCUGGAACGAGCAUCUCGAUGCGCCUCUGCUGCUACCCGCUCGCGCGCCCCUCAACUGCCCCAAGAAGGCCCCCCUAAAGAAUCCGCGGGUGCCGUGGCAGAACCAUGACAAGACGUGCUCGCACCCUAGGGACUUCAACCCCCGAGAGCCGUCCGCCAUGCAGGUGUUUCGCCUGCAUGAGGUCAUGGUGACACACAAGGGCUUCGUCUUCAACGCCACCCACCGAUACGUGCACCAGGGCUGCAAGCGAUUCAACCCAUUCUCCUACCCGCAGGGCCAGAAGGUGCAUCGCAUGAAGCUGGCGUUUGACUGGGGCUACACGCAGGGCAGCAACUUCUACCACUUCCUGGUCGAGGCCAUUCCUUCUUUCUUCGUGGCCGCUGCAGCACUGCCCAACCUCAGAGACAUUCCCAUCAUAGCAGAGCGCUUCCAGUGGGACCUAUACGACAGCAUAGGCCGCAUCUUCAUAGGGGUGAAUCGGACGGACAUGAGAGCCCUUCAGGCAACCGAGGGGGACCUCUUUCACGUCGACACGCUCUAUUUGCCAAUGCUGCAGGAGUGUGGGGCGCCCAACAAGGCCCUCUGGAUGGAGCUGAGGCGGCACCACCUGCUGCACCGGCAGGGCCUGCCACUCUUCCGCCCCGACUUCUCCUACCACUACCGCCCAGCGCUCUCCUACCAGCAACUCACCCACCUGCCCCCCGACUGGGUGGUGGUGUUGGCGCAGCGGCCGUCAGGGAAGCGCUCCUUCAGCAACGCUGAGGAGGUUAAAGAAGCGGUUCUCGCCGCGUUUCCAGCAGAGAGGGUUGUUGUGUUUGACGGGUCGCUGCAGCUCAUGCAAGCACGUGCUUUGUUCCGCCGGACUCGGCUCUUUGUGGGCGGCCACGGGGCGGCGUUAUCCAACCUCAUCUUCAUGCCCGUUGACAUCACGGUGGUCGCGGGGGAGGUGUCGCUCACUUGCCGGAUGAUCGAAGUGCGUUACGUGGACUGCGAGGACCGUUUCCUAAAGAAGCACGGCAACCCUCAACAGCGCGAGGUCACCGUCAAUGGCGUGGACCAGAAUGGCGACGCUGCAGAGCACAAGUUCGAGCUUCACGAGCGUAAGAUCCAAGGCCACAAGACGGGCGGCGACUACUACUCUUGCAAGGCGGUGUGUCCGGAGUUUGCAAGGGCCUGCGUUGCGCGACUCGAGUUCCGCCUGGAAGACCUCAAGGACCUGGCCGGCUCCAAGCUUUUCCGGCCUUCGUGCUAUCCUGACGACAACGCGCAGCGGAUGAAGAAGUGCCGCGAGUGGUUGGGCAUGCUGGACCACAUGUUUCACCACCGCCUCUUUGGUGUGUGCUUCAAGGCGUGCGAGAGGGAGCUACCGUUGUUUCUCCACACCAUGGAUACCAACCACGACAACAUCAGCUUCCACAAGUCCCUCUCGCUCAUGCUCUAG